AUGUCGUCACCCGCUGUCCAGCUCUCAUUCACCCUUCGUACCUCUCCGAACGUCCGCACCGUCCACUUGCUCGGUUCAUGGGACAACUACAAGGCUCAACUCCCCUUGUCCGAGGUGAAGGAUCCCGCCGCCAAGCCCGGUUCCUGGAAAGGCAACUUUCGCUUCUCAGGUUCGAAUGCCUUGAAGCUCGGCUCCCGCUACUGGUACUACUACAUCGUCGAUGGCUAUCACGUCUCCCACGAUCCCGCCAAGGAGUUCGUGACCGAAAAGACCACUGGCCGCAAGCUCAACAUCAUCGACGUUCCGGGCGGCGACAAAGACAGCAAGCCCUCGCGACCUACCGUCAAGACUGACGUGGCCACCUCCCGCCACAGCCGAGAAGUUCCCCAGGGCCGUGCCCUUUCCCCUGGCAAGAUCCAACACCCCAAGCCAAGCAAGCCCUACGCCUCCCGUCAACUCCGUGAAGCCGACUACGAGGCAUCCCCUGUGGAUGACCUCGAAGAACGUUUCGCUGGCUAUCGCAUCUCUGAGUCAUCUGCCUCGCCAUCUGAGCUAUCCGACAGCAGCGCCUCCUCUGGCACCGCCUUCUCCCGCUCCUCGCCCUCAAGCAUGUCUUCCGUGAGCGACCACAGCUGCCGCUGCGAACGCUACGGCGUCACCCGCUCAGGCCAACGCGUCAAGCUCGACUGUGGCGGCAAGCGAUGUGGAGGUUGGAGCUCCAGCUCCUCGGAGUGCGAUUCGCAUGACAGUUCGGAAGAGUCGAGUGAAGAUGAGAGGGAACAGCGUGCACGCGCUCGCAGGGAGGCGGAGAGGAAAGCUGCUGCGGCUCCCAAGUCGAAGAGCAGCGGCCACCACGAGGAGAAGAGGAGGACUGUCGUUGUGGAAAAGAGACGGAGAUAG